CUGCUUAAGACGCCGGGGCUAUAGAUAACGAAUUUUCCAAUUAUUUAAUCAAAUAUUGGGCAGAGGAUACAAAGUCUGAAACCUCCCCAGAGAAAACUGAAUGAAGAAAAAAGAAGGAAUGGAGUGGAAGAUGUUAUUGGUAGCAGCAGCAUGGAUUUGUUAUUAUAUGGUGAAGAUGGCGAAUUCAGACGCAGGAAUCAACUUUUUAAACGAAGGUUGCAGCAUCUACAACGUCUCCAGUGUUUUAGAUUUCAGUAUCAACCUCAAUAAUUCUUUUAGCGAUCUCAGGUCUCAGAUCAAUGGUGGCAAAAAUUUUGCUACGACGCAGCGAUUUAGAGGCGUUGACUCCGUCUAUGCUAUGAUCCAAUGCAGAGAUUAUAUGUCUACCGCCGAAUGUCUCAGCUGUUUCAGCGUUGCUUCUACUAAACUUCGCAAUUGCUCCGCCGCUAAUGGUGGUCGUGUUAUUUAUGAUGGCUGCUUUCUCAGGUAUGAGAGAAGUGACUUCUAUGGAGAAACCACUCGGGACGCCAACCGCGAGUAUUGUGGGAAUCGGAAUACAUCGGCACCAGCCACUGCUUUCGAAGCAGCAGUGAAAGGAUUGUUAAAUGAUCUUCAAAUCGCGACACCAAGAAUACAAGGUUUCUUUGCUGCCAGCAAGAGAGAAGUUAUUGGCGCUAAUAAUGAGUCUGUAUACGCCAUUGCACAAUGUGUUCAAACCAUUGAUUCAGUUGGCUGCUUAGCUUGCAUGCAAGUAGCCCAUAACAACCUUCAGAGAUGCCCUCCUACAGCUGACGGCAGGGCGGUCGAUUCUGGGUGUUUCAUGAGGUACUCCGAUACGGCAUUCUUCGCCAAUAACCAGACUACCAAUCUUGAAUCCUAUUUGAAAACAGGAGGUUCUGGUAAAAAGACAGCUCUUAUUGGAGGAGUUGCUGGAGGUGUAGGCCUCCUUUUGCUUAUUGUUGUGUUGAUAGCUUGGUUUAAGCUUUCAAGGAGGAAGAGAGCCAAUAGAGGUGACAUAUUAGGAGCAACUGAACUGCGAGGUCCUACAAGUUACAGUUACCGAGACUUGAAAUCAGCAACGAAGAAUUUCAAAGAAGAAAACAAACUAGGAGAAGGAGGUUUCGGUGAUGUAUACAAGGGUACUUUAAAAAAUGGGAAAAUAGUUGCAGUAAAGAAACUAGCUCUAGGACAAUCACGAAGAGCAAAGGCAGAUUUUGCAAGUGAAGUCACACUGAUAAGCAAUGUUCAUCAUCGCAACCUUGUACGCUUACUCGGUUGUUGUAGCAAAGGACCAGAAUUACUUCUUGUCUAUGAAUACAUGGCAAACAGCAGCCUUGAUAGAUUCUUAUUUGGUCAAAAUAAAGGAUCCCUUGUCUGGAAACAACGAUUGGAUGUAAUAAUCGGAACAGCUCAAGGUCUUGCGUAUCUACACGAGCAAUUUCAUGUCUGCAUCAUCCAUCGAGACAUCAAACCAAGCAAUAUUCUUCUGGACGAUGAGUUCCAACCCAAAAUAGCUGAUUUUGGGUUGGCAAGGCUUCUGCCGGACGACCAGACUCAUCUGAGCACCAAAUUUGCUGGGACCUUGGGAUACACAGCACCUGAGUAUGCAAUCCAUGGACAGUUAUCAGAGAAGGUGGAUACCUAUAGCUAUGGAGUAGUUGUCCUAGAAAUCAUCAGUGGCAGAAAGAGCAAUGAGAUGAUAGCUGAUCCUGGGUCUGAUUACCUCCUCAAACGGGCAUGGAGGCUAUAUGAGAAUGGCUCUCACCUGGAACUGGUGGAUGAAAGCUUAGACCUGAAUGAACAUGAAGCAGAAGAAGUGAAGAGAAUGAUAGAGAUUGCAUUGAUGUGUACUCAAACUUCACCAGCUUUAAGGCCAACAAUGUCUGAAGUGGUUGUUCUACUUAAAAGCAAGGGUUCAUUAAUAGAGCAUCCUCCACCAACUAAGCCUCCCUUUAUAGAUAAUGAAGAAAGGGUGGGUGUCCAUGGAGACAAAUCUACAUCUACUGCUUCCUCUUCCUCCAAUGCCACUGCUUCUAUCACUCAGGUUUCAGGUCGCUAACACUUGUAGAUUCACAAAAUGUCAAGUGCAAACACAAGGUAUUAGUACCUUUCUUCACUUAUGUACCUGGGUUUCGUUGUUCAAAAUGUUGGACAAAAAUGCAAUCCUUUGAAAUUGUAGAUUAUUUUUAC